AUGUGUCUUGGGCCAAAGUGCUACAGCAGCUGCAGAACAGUACAUUGUACAACAAUAACAACAACAAAAAAGGAAAAGGAAACCAGCAAGCCAUCCCUUUCCUUUUAUGGGCAGCUGCUGUUGAGGGAGUUCUUCUAUACGACUGCCACCGACAACCCCUGCUUUGACAAAAUGGAGGGAAACCCUGUGUGUGUCCAGAUCCCUUGGGACAGAAACCCAGAGACGCUGGCCAAAUGGGCAGAGGGACGUCCAGACCUGUGGAUCAGCUGAGAGGAAGGCAUGAAGGUCUUUGAGGAGUUGAGGUUGGAUGCAGAUUGGAGCACCAACGCUGGCAGCUGGACGUGCUUCUCCUACAGUUCAUUUUACGAGCAGGUCUUCCGCUGUUACUGCCCUGCAGGAUUUGGACGAAGCACAGACCCCAGCGUCACAUAUAUCAGGCGUGACUUGCCCAUAUUGAGAGACCUUCCAGCCAAAUACAUCUACGAUCCCUGGAGGGCCCCAGAGGAAGUGCAGAAAUCAGCAAAGUGCAUCAUAGGAGAGCACAAGCCUAUGGUGAACCAUGCUGAAGCCAGCCGCAUCAACAUUGAUCGGAUGAAACAAUUUUACCAGAAGCUUUCCUGCAUUAGAGGACUGGGUAGGGACACGACUCAGAUACUCCCAUAUUUAUUUGAAUGGGUUUUUCUGGAAUGCUGCUUGUAUAACAGAUGUGCCAUGUAAACAUUUGUUUCAGAAAAUAACCUUCAAAACCAACAUGUUAAAGUUAUACUAGGGAUUUUCUAUGUAGAGUUUGCAUGUGGUGGUCCUGUAGUUUGCUGGCCUCCUGUGCAGGGUGUGUCAGCUGAACUCGUCUCCAGCUCACUGCGACCCUCAGAGGAUCCGCAGUUAUUCUUGAUCAUCGUUUUUACAGAGAAGCAUUGUCUUGCAUGUCAAUUUAAAUGCUUCUGCACAGUCAGGAGGGAACGUCUCCAACAAGUACACAAUCGAAAUGGUUGACAAUGUGUCUGAAUAAAAUACAUUUCAAAUUGUACAAGGGAGAUUACUACAUUGUUUUUUUUUACUAAAAACUUGUUAUUGACCACAGAGUAUAACCAAACUACUGUUGAUCUUCCCAAUAAAACAGAGUUGAUUAACUAAGUAAAUGUUGUUACAGUGCAAAUUACUUCAUUAUAGCUUCAAAAGUGCUUUCCGUCAUCCUGUUGGAGUUGAUUGAUGUCAAUGUUCUUUUUUUUAAAUUCACACACAAAAAGAAUGAAACUAAAUCAAUUACAAGUUGUCUCAUGACGCAUUGUGAAGAGGCUCCAUCUGGGAGCAGCUCUAAAUCCUGGAGGCAGAGCAAGUAGACAAUAGGCGAGAGACGGUAUACAAAGGGUGCCUCUGUCUGUAUGCUCUCGCUGUGCCCUCAGCUAACACACAGUAACUGUAGCUAACAACCACGAAGAAGAACAAAUGUGCUGCUCGUGGUCAAUGGAGUCUGAAGAACUCAUCUCAGAUAAUAGUGCUGGUUAUCAUUGUAGAUCAUCACAUGUUGGUCUGGACAGUCAGCACAUGACGUCUUGAUCUGCAGAUGCAGUACAAGGAGAGGUCACAGCUGAAUUAUUCUCAGUGGCUGAUAAAGUUUGUCCGUUUCAUUGAAUAUUCUGUCACAGCCACUGUUUUUGGCCAAAGCAGAAAAACACAAAUGGAUCAUACAUCAAUGUUACAGUUUCCUCCUAUGGUGAGCCAAGAUAUCUGAUGUCCCAGGGGUUUAUGGAAGUAUCACAGAUACUGAUCAGUGUCGCAUUAUAACCUUAAAUGUUAUAAAAAUGUGUUUUUUACAUUGUUAUAUAUGAACUCAUAUUUUGUAUGUUGUUAAAACACCUUUUUACAUUAUAAUAUGCAAUUUCUUUGCAAUUAAAUGUUUUUCACAUUAUAUUUUCCGGUUGUUGUACAAACUUUUCACGUAAUGCCAUUUCUUGUUUUAGUGUGAAAGGUUUUAACUUUCAAAAAAUCAAAUGUCAGGUUAUGAGGAGGAGGGAGGCGUUGGUCUAGUGGCAGAAACUUGGACUAUUGGCAGAGAAGGUCACUGUCUCUGGUUCGACUCCAUGGAGAGACAACAAAAGACGAACCUGGAUUGAUCUGUCCAAAAAUCCAACAGCCCUACCCUGUCUAGUGCCCCUGAGCAAGGCACCUUCCUCCCCCAACAUCUGCUCCCCGAGCGCCGUAUAUAGUCGCUCACUGCUCUGUGUGUCCUGCACCAGAUGGGUCAAAAGCAGAGAUUACA